AUGUCUUCCUCUUCUAUUUUCAAUGAUGAUUUAAGUGCUGUUGAUUUUGAAAACAAAUUUGAAUAUAUCUCUUAUAGAUUUCCACGAGAAAUCACUAGAAUCCGAAGUGAAUUCAAGGAUGAUACCUGUCGUAAGGUAAAAUGUUCGGUAAUUGAUGACGAUGAUACUGUAUAUGAGGCGUUUGGUUGUCAUUAUGAUAUAAAACGCGCCUGUGAUAUAGCUUGUUUCCGAUUAGGUGAAUUAUUAUUGAAGAGCGUUCCUUCUUUUGUAAUGCCUCCUUAUUUGAUUGGAUUCCCUAAUAUUCGAGGACAUUGUUUCCUAAUUGCUGCUGUUUUACCUAUAUUCUAUUCAUUUCCUAUCAUGUCAAGAUUAUUCCGACUUAAUUGUGAUACUGUAUUGGAGGUAAACCUAGGAUUGGGACGUCGCCGACCUAGUAAACGCCCUAGAAUCGAGACUCCUCGUAUGUGGGUUCAAUCGUUGUAUAAAUGUUAUAAGGAUUUUCAUAAAAUUUCAAUCGAUGGUUAUUACGAGAUGUUAAAUCUUGGUUAUAUACAAAAGAAGGUUUUACCCGAGUGUCGCAAUGAUCCUGAUCUUCCCGAUCAUCCUGUUAAUCCGCGUAAGGAUAUAUUAAUGGAUGUAGUUCUCAUACGUGGAGUUUGUAAUAUGCUUGGGAAUUACUGUGAUAACGAUUAUCUGAAACCUGGUGGUGAUGAAUGCCAGGCUUAUGGUUUUAUUAUGAGCAAACUUUGUUAUUCUAACCCUGAGUUGUUCGGAGAGUUUAUGUUUCGUUUUAAGACCACCUCUGCCUGUGGUAACUGUUGUGGCGGACCUUUUUCGUUCGAAUUUGCCGUUCCUUAUAUCAAUGUGCCUUUAGCUACUAAUUUCCAGGCAUUGCUUCGUAAUCCUGUUCUUUUAGGUAAUUCUCAGAAGUUAUCUCACGCUCAUUAUGAGCCUCUCUAUUGCCCCGGAAAACUACGUGAUAUAGAUUUCUGUGAAUACCUUGAGCACCCUGAUAUUCUAUGCCUAAGAUAUGAGUUUGGUACAGUUGAUGAGGAAAUAAAUGUUCCCAAUACGUUAUGGCUGACCGUAAAAGAGGAGAGUAAAAAAUAUAAAAGACUUUGUAGCUCUGUCGUAAUUAAGUGUUACACUAAUGAACAAGGUGAAGCUUAUCCCCCUUUUUACCGUAAACCGAUCGCUGGUGAUCGAUUUGAUAUCUGGCAUACUUAUUUACAAAUAAGGACACAACACGGGUGGUAUGAAGUUAAUAAUGGUGAAAUUUUCCCUGUCGAUACCAGGCUGUUUAAAGUGGCAACUCCAGGAUCGCUCCAUUUCUAUCAAUCCGCUGAGAAUAGCUCUUUCCUUCCUGAUUUAGUCAGAGAGUUUGUCAAUUAUUACCCUGAUCGCUAA